GCCCCGCUACAAUGUCGUCAUGUUUGAUGUCGACAGUAAGGACCCAACACUGGGAAUGAGUUGUCCACCACCAGCUUUUGUGGACCAGCCUUUCCUGCAGAAGGUCAAAAGCAUCUUGACUCCUGAAGGUGUCUUUAUCCUCAACCUUGUGUGCCGGGACCUGGGGCUGAAGGACUCAGUGCUGACUGGGCUCAAAACGGUCUUCCCUCUCCUGUAUGUCCGGCGAAUUGAGGGUGAAGUAAAUGAGAUCCUGUUCUGUCAGCUGCACCCGGAGCAGAAACUUGCCACGCCAGAGCUCUUGGAAAUGGCCCAGGCCUUGGAGCAGACCCUGAGGAAGCCUGGGAAGGGUUGGGAUGACACGUAUAUACUGUCAGAUAUGCUCAAGACCGUGAAGAUUGUGUGACUGCUGGGCUGGGAAUCUGCACUGCUUCCUGCCACACUGACCUUGGGCUCCUAGCCUUCCAGAGAUUGAAGAAUUAUAAUGCACAAUAUUUUUUAAGCCUCAUAUUUUUCUUGGUUUCAUACUCAGCUGCAUGCGACCUCCAGCUUAGUGAGGUUGCCUGAAGAUCUGGGGAAAUAAAAAAUGUCCUCCCAUCCUGUCCCCUUUAGU